AAUUCUGUGGGCUUAAUUUUGUGCUUUAUUUUCAGGCUCCUGCUUACCAUCUCAUUUUGGAAGGAAUUCUAAUUCUAUGGAUAAUCAGACUUCUUUUCUCCAAGACAUACAAGCUUCAAGAGCGAUCUGAUCUAACACCUAAGGAAAAAGAAGAAUUGAUUGAAGAAUGGCAGCCAGAGCCUCUUGUACCUCCUGUACCAAAAGAUCACCCAGCUCUCAACUACAACAUUGUUUCAGGUCCUCCAACCCAUAUAAUCACUGUCAAUGGCAAGGAAUGUAUAAACUUUGCAUCAUUUAACUUUCUUGGACUUUUGGAUAAUGAAAAGGUUAAGAGUGCGGCCCAGGCAUCUCUGAAGAAAUAUGGUGUUGGCACUUGUGGACCUAGAGGAUUCUAUGGUACUUUUGAUGUGCACUUAGAAUUAGAAGAACGACUAGCAAAAUUCAUGAGGACAGAAGAAGCAAUUAUAUACUCAUAUGGAUUUGCAACAAUUGCCAGUGCUAUUCCUGCAUAUUCGAAAAGAGGGGAUAUUGUGUUUGUAGAUGAAGCUGCCUGCUUUGCUAUUCAGAAGGGAUUACAAGCAUCUCGUAGUAACAUCAAGUUAUUUAAGCAUAAUGAUAUGGCUGACCUCGAACGACUGUUGAAAGAACAAGAGACUGAAGAUCAAAAGAAUCCUCGCAAGGCACGUGUAACUCGAAGGUUUAUUGUAGUGGAAGGAUUGUAUAUGAACACAGGAGAUGUUUGUCCUCUUCCAGAAUUGAUAAAAUUAAAGUAUAAAUACAAAGUUAGAAUAUUUUUGGAGGAGAGCCUUUCCUUUGGAGUCCUUGGAGAGCGUGGAAGAGGAAUUACUGAACACUUUGGAAUAAAUAUUGAUGAUAUAGAUCUUAUCAGUGCAAACAUGGAAAAUUCACUGGCUUCUAUUGGAGGAUUUUGCUGUGGAAGAUCUUUUAUUAUUGACCAUCAGCGAUUGUCUGGUCAAGGCUACUGCUUUUCUGCAUCCCUGCCUCCUUUGUUAGCUGCUGCUGCUAUUGAAGCUCUGAAUAUUAUGGAAGAUAAUCCAGACAUUUUUCAGACUCUCCGGGCUAAAUGUGAACGAAUGCACAAAGCUUUACAGGGGAUUUCUGGCUUAAAAGUAGUGGGAGAAUCUUUUUCUCCAGCAUUGCACUUACAGUUGGAAGAAAGCUGUGGAUCUCGAGAAGACGAUGUGAAGUUACUCAAAAGAGUUGUGGAUUAUUGUAUGAAUAGUGGUAUUGCGUUAACUCAGGCCCGCUAUCUGGAGAAAGAAGAAAAAUGUCUUCCUCCACCCAGUAUUCGAGUAGUGAUAACAGUGGAACAAACUGAACAAGAACUGGACAAAGCUACAUCACUUCUUAAGGAAGCUGCACGGUCUCUAUUGAACUAGACUUCUGUUUUGGAUUCCUCUUUCCCCAAAUUAUCAGGAUCAUUUACACUGUACAAUGACUUCACUUCAGAUAUUCAAGUUCUUCCA